AAGAGAUUACCGACUAACCACAAAAUAUCUAAAUUCUCCCAUUUCGAAACAUAAAAAACAAACAAACAAACAAACAAACAACAAAAUCUGUUUUUUUUUUCUCUCCAAAGAAUGGUUGAAAGGUACAGUGAUCUCGACAAGACCAUACUAGUGGGAAACAUCCACAGCUGUGUGACAGAGGAGAUACUGUUUGAGUUAUUUCUGCAGGCUGGACCAGUGGAAAAGGUGCAUAUAUUCAGAGAUGGACACCAUAGACCUUAUGGAUGUGUUUAUUAUAAGCAUGCAGAAGCUGUUCCCUAUGCAGUAGAACUCCUCAAUGGAAUCUGGCUGUAUGGACAGCCAAUCAAACUGCAGUGUAAAGUUGGUGGCUACUAUCAGAGUUAUGACAUGCGGUUUGGAAACUUAGAGAAUGGAGUGAUAGCAAACAGUAAGGAUGUCGUGCUCAGGGGCAAUAUGGAUUUGAACUGUAAUGACAGUCCAGGUUUAAAGAACCGUUCUAAUGAAGCACAUGGAUGGAGCAACAUGGUACACAACAGAGCUCCUGAUAUGUGCUCUUCAGUUGUGCCACCUGUUGUGUGGUACUGUCCACCUUUGCAGCAAUGGAUGAAUUCUGGUUACCCCCCUUGGACAUCCUAUAUGGAAGAGAACUCCCUUCUAUUUAGGUCAGACAACACCACGGUGGAUUGUGCAAAACUAAAGAGGAUGAAGGAGGUGGAACAGGCUCAGAGUUUGCUGGGACGCUUGAAAUUUCUCGUGGAGCCAUUUUUUCAGAGGAACUCCUCAACAAAAGCAGUGUACAGUUUAAAGCUCUGGCUUAUGACAUUGAGCAGCAGUGAGGGCAGUGUGAUUGUGCACUUUGACCUUCUCUUCAGUGGUGUUGUGGAUUCAAACACAGCUCAGGAACAGUUAGUAGAGGGUUUACAGCAGGGUGAUGCUGGAUCUGAUGAAGGACUCAUGAUUGACAUCAGCAGUGUGCGGGUCACAGAUAAAGAAACUUCAACACAGAGACCAUCUACAGCAAAACCAGCCACUCUAGUGAAGUGUCCAGAUGGACAGAAGGCAUGUGCUGAUGGUACAACGUGUGUUUCUCAGACUCAGUUCUGUGAUGGAAUACACAACUGUCCUGAUGGCUCAGAUGAGAACCACAGUGUCUGUUCAACAGUGUGUGAUGGACAGUUUUUAUUGGUUGGGUUGACCGGAUUCUUUCACUCUAAAAACUUCCCGCUGGAGUAUGACAGUAACACAGCCUGCCGCUGGAUCAUACGAGUGAACGAAGGCUUAGCCAUAAGAAUUGUUUUUCACAGUUUCUAUAUGGAGGAAGACAUUGAUGUUAUGGAACUAUAUGAGGGCACUGGACCUAUGAAAAAAUUAACAUACUCUCUGUCAGGCAUGUCACCUGGAAAUAUCUGGCUUCUAUCUCAUGAGGCCACUGUUGAAUUUUAUGCAGACUUCAUCAACAACUUUCAAGGCUUCAAUGCUAGCUACAGAGCAGAGAACAUCAGCCAACUUUCUAAUGAAGACAAGAUAAAUUGUUCAUUUGAAGAGGACUUCUGUCUCUGGAGGCAAGAGCAGGAGGAUGAUGGUGACUGGUUAAGAGUACGAGGCUCUACUCUUCCACCUGACACUGGCCCAAGCUUUGAUCACACAAUGGGCAACCAGUCAGGGUACUACAUUGUGACGCCUCUGAGCCCAGGAAGUUGGGAUAAGAAAUUCCGUAUCUACAGUGUCCCUCUGUCUCCUGUAAAUGAAUCUAUAUGUCUGCGAUUCUGGUAUCAUAUGUUUGGAGAAGAGGUUUGGUGGUUGUCGGUCCUGGUAGAGGAAGGGUCAGCAUCCACUCUCCUCUUUCAAAAAGAAGGGAACUAUGGGGACAACUGGAACUAUGGCCAAGUCACACUAAACUACAAAACGGAUGCUGUGGUAGUGUUUGAAGCACAGAAGAAGGCAGGCUUUCUGAAUGAUAUUGCCCUGGAUGACAUCAGUAUAGUGCCUGGUUCUUGUUUAGAUGGCCCCCCUGACCCAACCCCGGUGCCCCCACCCAUCACUUCCCCUCCUGUACCAACUGAUUGUGGGGGACCCUUUGACCUGUAUGAAUCAAAUUCAACAUUCAGCUCUCCAGAUUACCCCAAUGGCUAUGGAAAUGAUGCAUUGUGUAUGUGGACUUUGUAUGCUAAGGAAGGACAGAAUAUCCAAUUGCAUUUCCAAGAUGUUGCUUUGGAAGCAUCAAAUGACAUUUUGGAGGUUCGAGAUGGAGUGGAGCCCCAUUCAGAGUUGUUAGGUGUCCUAACAGGAGAUUGUUCCUUUUCGGAUCUUUUCUCCACGAGCUCUCAGAUGACCGUCAUGCUCUUCACUGACUCAUCGUGGAAUGACAGAGGCUUUCUAGCCAACUUCAGCACAGGUCUUCACCUCGGUCAACCAGGUCCGUGUCCGACCAGGCAGUUUCAGUGCAGUACAGGAGUGUGUGUGUCCAACGCCAGUGUGUGUGACGGAGUAGAGAACUGUUCUGAUGGCUCGGAUGAAGCUGACUGUGUGCAUAUAAUAAAAUAUAAUCUCACUGGAGCCGGACUAUUGAGACUUCAGGUCCAGCAUAGCCUUUACACAGUGUGCGCUCAAGACUGGACUUCUCAGCUAUCUGACUUUUUUUGUCGCUACUUGGGCUACAGAUCAGGAAAUGCUUCAUUCUUUACCGCUAUGGAUGGAGAUGCUCCCUUUACCACUGUAACGCUGAAUACUAAUGGAACAUUGGAUCUGAAACCUAGUGACAAAUGUCUGAGCGGGAAAGCUGUAUCCCUACACUGUAACAAUCAACCCUGUGGAGUCCGUAAGGUGCCCUUGCAAAAUGAGCCAAACAAGGACACAGAAAUGAGACAGAUAGCAGGUAAGGUGGUGGGAGGACAGGAUGCCCAGGAAGGGGCGUGGCCAUGGAUCGUGUCUCUGCGAUGGCAGGGGCGGCAUGUCUGUGGGGCCUCGUUGAUUGACAGGGAAUGGUUGGUUACAGCCGCACACUGUGUUUUUGGAAUUAAUGUUUACCUGUCAAACUGGGCAGCAGUUUUGGGGCUUCACACUCAGUCUGGGACUGAUAACUCUGACAGACAAGUCCAUUCUGUAGAUCAGAUUAUUAUGAACAAGCGCUAUAACAGGAGGACAAAGGAAUCUGAUUUUGCCCUAAUGCAUUUACAGACACCAGCCAACUUCACAGAUUACAUUCAGCCCAUCUGUCUACCAGAUCCUGGAGAACAGUUUGAAGUAGGGAGGAAGUGCUCUAUUGCUGGUUGGGGAAAACUGGCUGAAGAUGGGUCAGUAGCUAAUGUGUUACAGCAGGCUGUUUUGCCCCUGUUAAACAAUGCACAGUGUCAGGAAUGGCUGCCUGAGUACAACAUUACAGAGCGGAUGGUGUGUGCAGGAUAUGCCGAAGGUGGAGUGGACUCUUGUCAGGGGGACUCUGGAGGUCCACUGAUGUGUGAAGAGGAUGAUCAGUGGGUUCUUGUGGGGGUGACAUCUUUUAGGAAAGGCUGUGGACAACCUCAGCGGCCUGGAGUGUAUGCUCGCGUCAGUCAGUUUGUUGACUGGGUGGUCGAGACACGACGUCUCUACUCAGACUGGAAGGGAUAAAAUCAUUUAAUAUAAAGAGAUAUCUUGAAUUGAUUGUUUUCUUGAUGUCUUUGGCUUCUGAACAUUUGAGUCCUGGCCUAGCAAGUGACAUGUUUUCUCAACUACUUGUUCUGGUAAUUGCCACUAAUGUGGUGUGUGCAUUUUCUUGUAAGUUGCUGCUAAAAACGUCAUUGUGAAUGAUGAUGAAGGAAUGUCUUUGUGUCUUUGUAACUAGUGUUCAGUUUUAUUUACCCAAAUUUGAAAUAAUGUUUUUGCUACAAUUAAUUUUUUAACAAUGUAUAAUGAAUGAAGAUGUUCUUGUAAUUCUUGUAAUUUCUGAGAACUUGUUCAGUUGUGUGGUAGCUCUUUGUUCACCUGAACAGCUUGUAAAAGGUGAGCUUGUGGCAAUCCAUGAAAAAACGACAGGUGACACUGUACACUUAUUUCUUAUGCUGUACAUGAGACGUGUACAUUUUCUCAGGGUAUAUUUGAUUAAAUGAAAAUGUAUCUGAAGAUAGCCUUAUGGAUUACUUUUAUGCUGCCUUUAUGUGAUUUUUGGAUAUUCAAAGGUCAGAUCACCAUUCACUUGCAUUGUAUAGACCUACAGAGCUGAAAUAUUCUUCUUAAAAUCUUAGUUUGUGUUCAGCAGAAGAAAGAAAGUCAUACACAUCUGGAAUGGCAUGGGUGAAUAAAUAAUUUUAUUUGGGGCUGAACUGUUUCUUUAAUUGUCAUGAAAAUAUCACAUUUAUUAAAUGUUGGUACAAACAGG